GCAGAUGUUGUCUCCGGUCGUGUACGCGAGGACUCGCGAUGUGAUCGCGGCGCGGCGAUGAUCCCGCGCACGCCUCGCGUUCCGUGACCGUUCCGCGACCGUUCCGCGAAAGUUCCGCGAAAGACGUACCCUGUGAUGCUCGCGAAAGUGUGACGCCCGCAAAUCAACCAUGGACCGAAUGGUAAUAGGGCGAACGAACGUGUCCCAGCGGGAUGACCUGCUCAAGUUCGAGACGGGCCGGAUCAAGGCCCUCCAAGAGGAGCGGCUCCACAUCCAGAAGAAGACCUUCACCAAGUGGAUGAACUCCUUCCUCUGCAAGGCCCGGAUGGAGGUGGAGGACCUGUUCACGGACCUGGACGACGGCAAGAAGCUGCUGAAGCUGCUGGAGAUCAUCUCGGGCGAGAAGCUGGCCAAGCCCAACAGCGGGCGGAUGCGGGUCCACAAGAUCGAGAACGUGAACAAGAGCCUGGCCUUCCUCCACACCAAGGUUCGUUUGGAGAGCAUAGGAGCAGAGGACAUUGUGGAUGGGAACCCGAGACUUAUAUUGGGUCUCAUCUGGACCAUCAUUCUUAGAUUCCAGAUCCAGGAGAUCGAGAUCGAAGUCGACGAAGAGAACGAGAGCAGCGAGAAGAAGUCGGCCAAAGAUGCGCUGUUGCUGUGGUGCCAGAGGAGGACGGCCGGAUAUCCGCACGUCAACAUCCAGGACUUCACCGUCUCCUGGAGGAACGGAAUGGGCUUCAACGCCCUGAUCCACGCCCAUCGGCCGGACCUGAUCGACUACGCCCAGCUGCACCCGCAGCGCCACAUCGACAACCUCAACUACGCGUUCGACGUGGCCCAGCACGAGCUCGGGAUCCCCCGCCUGCUGGACGCCGAGGACGUGGACACGAGCAAGCCCGACGAGAAGUCCAUCAUGACUUACGUGGCGUCGUAUUACCAUACGUUUGCUCGCAUGAAGAGCGAGAUGAAGGGGGGGAGGCGGAUUGCGAAUAUCGUGUCUCAAUUGAUGGACAUCGACAAGAUGAAGGAGCAGUAUGAAGGAUUCACUACUGAUAUUCUUGCGUGGAUUCGCGCCAAAAUCGCCGAGCUGGAGGAUCGGAACUUCCCCAAUUCCCUGGAGGGCAUCCAGAAGGAACUCCUGCAGUUCAAGGAGUACCGAACGGUGGAAAAGCCUCCCAAGUACAAGGAGAAGAGCGAGAUCGAGGCCCUAUUUUUCGCCAUCAACAUGCGACUGUCCUCGCUGAGCCAGCCCAGCUAUCAGCCGCCGGAUGGGCAACUCAUCCACGACAUGGAAAGGUCGUGGGAGGAGCUGGAAAGGGCCGAACACAAACGGGAAGUCGCUCUCAGGGACGAGCUCCUUCGCCAGAAGAGGCUGGAGCAGCUCAAUUACAAGUUUGAGCGAAAAAGCGUCCUGAGAGAAGGGUACCUCAAGGAAAUGAUCCAAGUCCUGUCAGACCCUCGUUACGGAAGCAACCUGACGCAGGUGGAAGCCACCGUAAAGAAACACGAGGCCAUCAGUGCGGAUAUCCUUGCAAGGAAAGAAAGAUUUCACGAUCUUUCGAACAUGGCAAAUGAGUUGGAGAAAGAGAACUACCAUUCAAAAGAUAAAGUGAAAAAACGGGAGAGAGAAAUCCUGGAGAAAUGGCGGCAAUUGCUCCUGUUGCUGGAGAAGCACAAGGUUACACUGUCUGCAUUCAGCAACCUGAUGUCCCUCCUGCGCGAAGACAACUUCAAGUCGGGAGACGUGGGCCAGCACCUGUCCGGGGUGGAGGACCUGCUGACGAAGCACAACAUCCUCGAGUCCCAGGUGGCCUCCAUGGGUGACACGAUCGAGCGGAUGAACAAGCAGGCCCAGCAGUUCGUGGGAGGAGGCUUCCAGGAGUCUCCCAUCCUGCAGAAGAGACUCGAAAAGCUCAAUCAAGCCUACGACCAUUUGGCGAAGAUGAGCCACGCCAGGAGGAUCCUGCUGGAAGAAGCCAGGAACUACUUCCUCUUCGUGCAGAAUCACGAAGAAGAGGAAGCAUGGGUCGUCGAAAGACAGAGGAUUUGCCAGGCCGGUCUUAUAGCCAAAGACUUAAGGGCCGUCGUUUCUCUGCAACAGAAACACAAGGCCCUCGAGGACGAGAUCAGAGCCAGGACCCCCCACAUGCAGAAGGUGAUCGACGAAGGGGAGAGCCUCCUCGAGCAGCGUCAUCCCCAGAAGGAUGACAUCAAGGCGAGGAUCGAAAGCCUUCGGGAUCGCCUCAACACCCUCAAGGACUUCACCGACCGACGGAAGAAGCAGCUGGAGGAGGCCAUCGAGGCCUACCAGUUUUACGGGGACGCCAACGAGGUGGACUCCUGGCUGAAGGAGAAGAUGCCGCUGGUCGAGAGCAAGGACUACGGAGAGGACGAGCCUGGAGCUCAGUCCCUCAUGGCUCGACAUAAAGCGCUGCAAGAAGAGAUCAAGGCUUACGCUGGGGAUCUGCAAGCCCUCAGUGCUCAAGGCGAGAAGCUCAUCAAAUCUGGCAUCUCCCAGCUGGAUUGGGGAAGUGCUAAUGCCUCAGGUCAAGUGGCAAAAUGCGAAUGUGGGCAAAAGCGAAGCACCCCUCCGUUUGUCCUCGGCUUCACAGUCAUUCGUGCAAUUCCGUUCCUUCAGCUGUCACCAUCCACCGGUCAAGGGACGUUAGAAAACGGUCCCGUCGAAGAAUGGGUCACAGAGACUCGUCUGGUGCCACAAGAAGUGCUGGAAGAAGAACCCGUGGAGAAGACGGAGUAUCGCACCGUGAUCGAGGAGAGGCGCUUGCCGCAAGUGAAGGCCCUCUACCCCUUCUCCGGGCAAGGCAUCUCCAUGGCCAAGGGAGAGGAUCGGAUGACACGGGGGAUGAUCCGUGCCCUGUUGAUCAUAGCGUGCCAUCCUGAGAUGCUCUAUCACUCGGGGGACGCGGGGGAGGCUGAGGACGUUCGAGUCCUCAUGGCAGUGAAUCGUACAUUCGAAUACAUAUGUUUCAGGGGUGAUGGAUGA